AUGAUCUCAGACGGCGAUGGAGUUGCCUCAAAUGGAACGUCGAGGACGUACUCCAACGGUGCGAGGACGGAAGCGCCGCUGACGGCCUCCGCGACAAACGGUGCUCGUAAAGCCGCUGCCCUGAACGGUUCAUCCCGUUCCGACAAGGAAGCUCAAACACCCGUUCCCACGACCUACUAUGGACAUGAUCGCGAGGAGGUCACCCGCAUACUCAUACAGGCUCUGUCCGACAUGGGAUAUCAGGGCGCUGCCGAGAGUGUGAGCAAAGAUAGCGGCUACGAGCUGGAGAGCCCGACGGUCGCCGCCUUUCGGAGUGCAGUCGUGAGCGGCGAGUGGGGCGAGGCCGAAGAACUGCUCUUCGGAGCAGUCAUGUCAGAGGACCGAAGCCAACCCGGGAACGGUCUCGUCUUGGCCCCUGGCUCUGACCGAAACGUCAUGCGAUUUUGGCUGCGGCAACAAAAGUUUCUCGAGUUGUUGGAGCAGCGAGAUACCCCACGGGCUCUGAUGGUGCUCCGGACCGAGCUGACGCCGCUCUACCAAGAUACUCAGAAACUUCAUUUUCUCUCUAGUCUUCUCAUGUGCCAGUCUACAGAAGACUUGAAGGCUAAAGCCGAGUGGGAUGGUGCUCACGGCCAGUCGAGAAAGGUUCUACUGUCGGAACUGUCCAAAUGCAUUUCGCCCUCGGUCAUGCUGCCGGAGAAUCGCCUUGCAGUCCUUCUACAGCAGGUGAAGCAGAGUCAAAUAGACAGCUGCCUCUGGCACACAACCGCAUCAUCUCCUUCAUUAUACUCGGAUCACUAUUGUGAACGGAGUCACUUCCCUACUGACGUCGCGUUGGAGCUCACAGACUUGACUGGCGAAGUCUGGCAAGUCCUGUUCUCUCACGACGGCCAGCGACUGGCUGCCUGCGGAAGUGGCGAAGCUGUUGUUAUCUGGGACUUGCCUUCUUUCUCAGUCUCUCAAAUCUUGCAACCGCAUGCUCAGGGUGUCGGCGGUUUGUCGUGGAGCCCCGACGACUCCAUGAUCGUUACGUGCUCACAGGACAAGUAUGCUAGACUUUGGGACACCACGACCGGAGAGUUGGUUUUGAAGCUGGAGCGAUUUGAGGAGCCUGCGAGUGGCUGCGUAUGGGCAGCAGACAGCAAGACCUUUGUCACCGGAUCUCUAGACAAGCAACACGGGUUGCGUACGUGGAGUAUCUCUGGCGAGAUGAUGUGCGAAUGGGGCAAGAAGCAUAGAGUUCAGGACAUCUGUGGUUCUCCGGACGGCCACUGGCUCGUGGCUGUCGACGAUGAACAGAAGAUUCAUGUCUACAAUGCCUUCACACGCGAGCUGGAGUACGAAAUGGAGGUCAAGUCUCGGCCAACAUGCGUGAGUAUUAGCGAAGACUCACGUCAUUUGCUACUUAACAAAAAGGAUGGCGAGUUGCAACUGAUAGAUUUGGUCGAUCGGACAUCAGUCCAGAAGUUCCUGGGCCACACCGGAGGCGACUUCAUAAUUCGGAGCGCCUUUGGCGGCGCAAACGAAAGCUUCGUUGUGAGCGGCAGUGAAGAUGGAAAUAUCCUCAUCUGGCACAAGAAUAGCGGUGCUGCAGUGGAGAGGCUUGAAGGGCAUCAGCCUCGAACCAACGCCGUUACCUGGAAUCCGGCAGACCCUUGCAUGUUGGCUUCAUGUGGCGACGACGGCAAGGUCAAGAUAUGGUCGAACAAGACUCGGAGCACAGCUCUCAGAUCAUUACAUAACGGCGCUUCCCGAAGUUCAAAUGGCUGGAGGGAUGAAGAGCGUGCCGAGGAAUAG